CUUUUGCACUGAGAGCGGUGAAUUCAAAGGGGAACACUGCUCUGAGGGCUUCUUUGGUUCAUUUGACCAUGCAGCGGAAUUACCCCUAUCCGCAAGUGUUCAUGGUUGAUGGCAACCCGAACCUCAAUCCCUACAUGCAAGCCCCUGUAUGGACUUUGCCCACUAUCAAGAAGAGGAGAAAACUGGGCUGCAAGACAGUAGGCUGGGUUCUCAUUCUCAACUUGGUGCUGCUGGUACUGGCGUGGCUUGCACUGGGCUCCAUCAAACUGAUUGAACUUCAGAGGGACAUCAAAGAAAUCAAAGAGGGUCAUAAAGAGAAAGGUCCAUAUGCAGAGAAAAUUAUUGGAACUCGGAACGUGACAGAGUCACCCAAGAACCUCAAAGCCGCUGCGCACCUUACAGGAUAUUAUAACUCUGCUUACACCAACCCACUCAUGUGGAAUCACCAGCUGGGCCAUGCCAUCAUCAGAGGCGUUACGUACAAAGACUGCGGUCUGGUCGUCAACCAAACUGGACUCUUCGUCGUUUAUUCCAAGAUCUACUUCCGAGGAUAUAAAUGUGAACGCAGGAAGAAUUUGGGGCACAUCCUAUUCAAACGGUCGACUCGCUAUAGUAAGGACUUGAUUCUGAUGGAAUCUGAGAAGAUGGGCUACUGUUCACUGAAUGAUAAUAGCUGGAGCACCAACAGCUACCAAGCAGGAAUUGUCACCCUUACCAAAGGAGAUUCCCUCUAUGUUAAUGUGUCAUAUCCAAAGCUAGUUGACUCUGAUGAGUCCAAAACGUUCUUUGGACUAUAUAAGCUUUAACACAUUGUUACUAAUUUAUACGUUGAUGAAUAGCUGAAAUCAUUUUAUUUAAACACAAAUUAAAAGAAUGCAUUCCAUCCACACAUGUCCCAACUCCAACAGUUUGAGGUCUUCACUGCGAUCUCCAAGUGGGAAAAUCGUUCACUCCAAACUUCCCGUUUUACUGAGAGGUCGGCACGUUGACGCAGCGGUAGAGUUGCUG